AUGGCGAAGAACCCCUUUGUCGACCUUCAUUCUCCUUUCAGCGGAUACCUAUCAGACGACAGGCGCUUCCUCAUUCCUCCCAUGCCGGGCCUCAUCCCGUAUCUUCCUACGCCUCCUCUGCCACAGCCGACGCGAACUGCCUUUGGUCAAUCCGUGAAUCACCUCCCAGACCUGGACCGGGGUGCUGCACGAGGCGGCAGCAGUCAGGCACCCAUCGAGCUCGACGACGAUUCAGAGCCCGCGCAGGCUACGACUUCAGGGCCUCUAAACGCCACCGGUACUCAGCAACAGCAGCAACAUCAGCGGUCUCGCAACCACGCGGUCAACCCUUGGGGCAUACUGACACCAGACAACACCCAGCACCUACAAGCUUUACCCUCUUUUUCAGACUUUGCCGCCAACCUGGAUUUCUCACAUUUCGACGCGACAGCGCCUUUCCCUAACGGCGCCCCGCAGACGCCUGGCCACGACCUGAACAGUGACGAGUUUCUUUCGGCACUGGUUGAUGGGAACUUCUCUUCGCCAUCCUCGUACCCUCAGCAAGCUCAAGCCUUUCAAGGCACCCACCAAGCAAAUCAGUCAUCGAACCUACAAAACCCUCCCCAUCGCUGUCCUCCGGACACGGCGCUGCGACCAAACCGCCUCUUCACCAGGAACAGUAGCAAUAACACUCCCGCCGCGCCACCUGUAGGACGAGCACCGACGGGAAAUCUUACUCUUUUCGAGAACGAGGUGGAAGAAUCGCUGUUCGUAAGCUCAGACGACGAGCAACCACCAGCCACAAUGCCUGUACAGACUCGCCGGAGAGCCUCCACAAUACUCAGUUCCGACCACGACCCCGAGCCGGAGGAGAUCGCAGCGCCCACAUCGCGAAAGAGAGCAGCGCCCUCAUCUGCACCGUCUCGAGGUUCUGCUGCUCCGAAAAGGCGGCGGACAUCACAACCCCAGGGCACGCGCACUCAAACAGCAACCAAUACCCUAGUUAUAGACGACGAUCCCUUUGCCGAGGAAAAGGAAGAAUCGAAGAAGGGCAAAGAUAAGGAUGAGGACAUCAUUGAUCUGGCAGGCUCUAAUGAGGCGCCAGAGGAGGUGAAAGUGCCCAAGGAAGACAACAGGGUCAAGCUCUCAGCCUUUCAGUGUGUCAUCUGCAUGGACGAUGUCACUGCGUUGACAGUAACACACUGCGGUCACCUUUUCUGUUCCGAGUGCCUGCAUUCUGCAUUGAACGUCGACGCCACUAAGAAUAAGUGCCCGAUCUGCCGACAAAAAGUCGAAACCAAGGACCGCAACGAGUACACAAGCAAGACAAAGGGCUUCUGGCCUCUGGAGCUCAAGUUGAUGACAGCAAGCCGCAAGGGGAAACAACGAGCCUGA